AUGUUCACUUGUUCAGCGUGCCUGCGACGCCAUUUCUCCUCCAUCUCGGCAGACCUCUCACACUCGUUAGCGUCAAAUACAACUUUACAGCCAUGGGUCCCGCCUUCGUGGAGGGCUCUAAGCCUCGCCGGCCAACGUGAUGAACGACCACGCUCCUUGCGCCGUCCCGGCCACAACUUCUUUCGCGGCGCCGCAACGCUCCGGGGCCUCAAGAAAGGCCAUCACAUUCGGGAGGCGGGGAGGGCUUCACAAAAGGGCGCACCUCCACUGACGUCGAGCAAGGCCCGCUCACCGAGUGCUGCCGCCCUCCGGAAGGAAAAGGAUCAAGCUGCUCGGGACAAGAAUGGCCGGAUGCAACUGACUGAAAAGGGGCAGACAGAACUACAAAAACAACUCGACAAAGAGGCCGAGUACCUGACCGAUCCACUUCGUCUGGCUCAGGAAGUUCAGCGGUGCCUCCGAAACGAUGAGUUCGAAAAAGCACACGAGACGGUGCUCGCAAGCGACCGACAUGGUCUCAAGCGAGGCGUUCCGCAGGGCAAAGUGCGGAACACGGUCAGCUGGAAUCAUCUGAUCGACUGGUGCAUGCACAAGAAGAGCAAUGCAAAGGCCUUGCAGAUCUACCAGGACAUGAAGAAGCGGGGCCAUGUCCCGGAUAGCCAUACGUAUCUUCUGAUUCUGCGUGGUCUCGGUGAAGGAAUUCGUUCCGUAGGGCAUUACCCACGCAGUCCCGAAGCCACGAAACAGGCGCAGGCGCGAAUCAACGCCAUGGCGAAGCAGGCGAUGGACGUGUACAGCAGCAUCUUCAGACCAAACAGCCAGGUGAAGCUCAUAACGAUGCACAGCAACGCGAUCAUCAAUGUACUGGCAAGGGCAGGCGACAUGAGUGCGAUUUGGGCUGUCGCAGGCCAGCUGCCACAAAAGGGUCCUGGCAGCCCAGAUCAUUGGACCUACACGACUAUCCUCAAUGCCAUGCAGUUGGACCUACCAAAGAACAUCGAAGACGAGGAAUCACACGUCAAUGAAGUAUCGAGAGCAAAAAUUACGCAAGUAAUCGGCGACGCGCGAGGAAUGUGGAUUGAUGUCAUCAAGAAAUGGAGCGACAUGAGUUUGGUUAUGGAUGAGAAACUCGUGUGUGCGAUGGGCCGCCUGCUGCUAAUGAGCAAGAGAAUGCCAAAUGCUCGAGAUGUGUUUUCACUCGUCAAGCAAACUAUGGGCGUCGCUAUCGAUGAUACUGUACUGGCCAGCUUGAACCAGGACCUCGACAAAGCUAGCGGUGCUAAUUCUUCAGAAAUGGAACAUCUUGCCCGAAAGCGCGAUGCCGCUUCACUCGCUAGCUCGGAACCAGCGUCGGCUGGCAGCAACGAUGCUACUCAGAUCACAUCUGCGUCUGGGGAUGCUGCGGAUGAUGCUGUAGUUGUAGACGAGUCGGACUUGUCACAGAUGUAUCUGCAGGUAUUCGAGCCGCUAUCAAUGGACUCGAAGGCCAACUCCAAGGGUGUGCACGCAUUGUAUGCAACACCUAGUAACAACACACUUUCGCUAUUGAUUGAGGCAGCUGCUCUCUUAGGGCGGCCAAAUAUCGGCAAAGCAUACUGGCAGCAUCUUACGACCAAGACGAAUCCGAUAGUACCAGAUGCCAACAACGUCAAACACUAUCUGCGGAUGCUGCGAGUGUCUCGAGCAAGUCGACAAACGCUUGAGUUAUUGCGACAGCAGUACACCGGCGAGGCAGGGGUGUACCUCAAGUCUCGAGGUGCUUUCGUCGUGGCCAUGAACACCUGUCUUCGAGACAAGUGGAAUCCCAACGUCUUCGAUAUUGCCACAAAUGUGCUUGAUCUCAUGGAACAGCACGCUGCUGCUGCCCAGCUUGCGCGAGACGAGGAGACUAAUCAGCUAGAGAUUGCUCGUCACAAUCUGCCGCCAGACACUCCCCUUCCGAUGGAACUUAGAAGACCGAUCCAACCGCUACAGGGCCUUGCUGUAGAUCCCAAGAUACUCACGAUGUACCUUGAGCUGGGCUUGUACACUACAAAAGGCAUCAACAAGAAACGUCCUCUGCAGAAGACGGAAGCCGGCGACCUCGACUUUCCUCGUGACCCGCUUCUGAACAACGCUUUGCGAGCCCUCGAACGACUGAAGCCGUACAAGGCCAGUGUACAAGACAUGCUAACAAUGUUCAUUCGGCGCCUUGAACACGACCGAAGCGAACAGGAUCUCAGCGCUUACAAACUGCGAGAGCUGAGAAAGAAGGCAGCAUAUAAGGAAAUUACCGAAAACCCCGGCGACAACCCCGAGGAGUUGCUUGCACUUCUCAACUGCAUGAUCUCGGCAUACGACCGAGUACUGGUCAUCAAUUUUCAGCUUGAAGAACAAGGGUUGGGACCGCUGGGCGAAGACGUACUGAGGGGAAUCAGGCUACAGAAAGCCAGCACAGCAGAGUAUGUGAGACGCCUGACAGCAGCACUCACCGGUUACUCGGGAACCCAGAGUCCAGGACAUGCUGAGCGUAUCCGAUUGAUAUACGACGCCAAACAGAGCGACUUGGAAGAGGAAGUCGAAGAAGAGGACCAUACAGACGGUACCCUACGUGCGCUGCAGGCGACGAAGCCGGUGGACCUCGUUGCGGGCGACAGCUAUGCUGCCGCACAGGACAAGGCCGCCGCCAAUGCGGCGUUGGCGGUGCGCAUCAGGAAGAAUGCCAGUUACAGUGGCAACUUUCAGCAAGUUGCAGAAAAGACUCGAGAGGAUGGUAGACCGUUGACACGGCGACAGCGAAAAUACGAAUUAUGGCUGGAAAAUCAAGGAAACAUGAAAGGCAAGACGAAGGGCAUGUUGAACCAGGACGCUCGAAAUGCCGAUGUCCACCAUGAUGGUCCGGUAUUUCCGGAGAUUCGUUCUCGUAUUCGCUCUAGACGCCAGGCACACGAGGCCAAAAUGGAGGACAGGGAACACAAGCUGAGAUUGGAGAUGAUGCGGACUGGGCUGAGCGAGAAAGACGUACGAGAUCGGAGAGCAGAGAAGAGGAAUCAACGGCGUAGCUCGGAUCUGGCGUGGGACGGCGGCGAAGGCAGCAUGAUCGACUGGGGAAAGGAAGACGACGCCGUUGGCGAUGGCUCGGCAGGACAAGCAGACAAGGCAACCCUGAGCUGGGAACCGCCCAGCAGAGAGCGGGUCGAGAAUUUGAUUGAGCAAUUCGGCCGUGAUGAUGAUGACCGAGGGACAGCACAUGUGGCUUCUGGUGGUCGGCAUUGA